AUGGCAGACUCCAGAUCGUCCGCUUCUUCCGACUCAGCUUCCCGCGCUCGCUCCCUUUCCCAGUCCACAAACCCCUCUCGCCGGCCCCGCAUUCCGUUCCAGGCUCCCCCCCACCCAUCACCCCUGUACCAUCCUUCUAACCCCUUCGAUACCACCCCCUCCCCCUCCGCUCCCUCUCCCACCUUCCAGCCUCUCCCACCCUCUUACCAGGCCAAUUCCCUCCCAUACGGGCACCGUUCCGGCUUCAUAGGACAAUACACGAUGUCCCCACAGCCCCAAGUCAACAUGCCUCAGUACGCCUACCCUCACCACCCCGGCCUGCAUGCCCUAGACACGAACAUGCACCCACCGCAAAAUCAGCUCAUCGGCUACUCUCCAAACUCACUCAUCCCCAUAAUCCAUCCCCACUCACCCGUAUACCAAGGCUAUCCAGGCCAUUCCGACGGAAACACCUCCGCCCACUCCUUCUCCGCAAAUCCUGCUUUUGCCGCCCAUUCUCACCCUCACUCCCCCGCCGCCCAUCCCUCCCCGCCUCCCCGCUCUCCUUUAUCCCAUCAGCAGCCUUCUGGCGCACACACCCACGCGGCCGCAUAUGCUGGUCAAGCGCCCUACUCCCCCCUCCGCUACUCUACACCGCCCUUCGUCUACCCUCCACACUCGUUUGCUCAUUCUCCCUCCAUGUACCCGUCCCAAUACCCUUCGCCGUACGCUCCGCACUCGUACACACCAGAGGCAUCUCAGGACGGUCAGGGCACCUGGUGGUACGUCCCUCCGCCUACCCGCCCCGCCUCCAGCCAGUACGAUUCGUACCAACAUUCGUACCAGUUGUCGUACAAUAUGCCUUCGCGCGACAUAGAUUCAUACUCCCAGCCUGGCCAAUCCUCCACCCAAUCGCACCUCUUCCCCAUGUCCCCUCGCCCAAAUCAGGGGCAGCAUCCCUCAUCGCAGUCCGCACCCCCAUCUGCGCCGCCACCUUUACCCUCGCCCGGCAGUCCUCCGUCCACCGCCUCGCUUGUGGUGCGGCAAAAUCCAAAAGAAGCGACCCCAUCUAAUAGUAGUCGCUCUGUGGCAGAUCCUCAGCGCAAUUCACGUCGCGUACAGCAUCAACUUAACUCUCCCGCUCAGCGCUCAGAAUGGGUCAUGUGGAUCGGCAACGUCCCGUCUGACGCAUCGCACGACGAGCUCUGGCGCUUCCUUAAUCAGUUGCCGUCCCCUAGUGCUGCGUCUCCCGCUAGCUCGAACGCGGAGGAUCCAUGGGGCGGCGUAUUGUCAAUCUUCCUCAUCUCCCGCUCAAAUUGUGCGUUUGUGAACCUUCAAAGCGAGGCGCAUUUGCAAAGUGCGAUCCGCCACUUCAACGGAAAACCCCUCCGCCCGGGAGACCCGCGCUGCCCACGGCUCGUGUGUCGAUUGCGCGGACGUGAGGACGACGUCAAGGCGGGCGUCGGCGGGCAGCGCGGCGUAGGCUUGCAUGUGGGCUGGAUCCGGGACCAGAGAGAGAAGGCGCGUGCACAGCCCGUGGCCAAGCAGGACGACCUGCGUUCGCCCGCGGGGACGGCGUCUUCGGAGCACGUCACUACGCCGAGCAGUUCCACAAGCGAGGUCGCGCCCGCGUUGAGCCUGAACCUGUCGAGUGACGACGAGAGCGGACGCAGACGCCACCGGUUCCGCCGCCCCGCCCCACAUUCUAGCAGCUCGGGCUCGUAUGCGAGCACGAACUCGAGCAUAUUGACGCAGUAUUUCCCGAAGCGCUAUUUUAUCCUCAAGUCGCUGACACAGAAAGACUUGGACAUUAGCGUAGAGAAGGGGCUGUGGGCGACGCAGCGGCACAACGAGACGACGCUUGAUCAGGCGUUUCGCACGAGCAAGGACGUGUAUCUCAUCUUUGGCGUGAACAAGAGCGGGGAGUUUUACGGAUAUGCGAAGAUGAUUGGUCCGGUCCUUCGCGGGGAACACCGUGUGUCGUGGGCCUCGCGCACCGAUUCGCCGCCACGCCGGACGCCGCGCUCCUCGCAGGGCUCUAGUCCGCCCGUGACGCGUCGUGAUCGUGACCCGCAUCCAUUCUUUUCGCCAACCGAGCACAGAUACGAAGAGUCGCCCCAACCGUUCUCGCCCGACCGGCCGCUGUCGUUUUCCACGUCGCCCUCGCCGUCCCGUGCGAAGCAGCCAACCAUGCUGCCCUCACCCGUGCAGUCGGCUGGCGCCUCUGCGCCGCAUGCUACCGCAGAGGGACAACAGGAUGCACCCAUUGCGUUGUCCGCGCCGCCCGAGAUGCACCAGCCGCAUCGCCAGCUCUCGCGCCCGACCAUCCCGAUGUUGCGCCCCGCACAGAGCACGCUGGGCGGCCAGAAAGUCACGCCGCAAUCGCAUUCCCUCAGCGUCCCGCAGCCAUCGAUCGAGCUAGAUCCUACCGCUCCCUUUCGGCACCGGCGCGACCAUUCGGCGCCGCCAGAGUCGACGGCGGCGGAGACCGCGCCAGCGGAGGUCGACUGGGACGCCGUGCCAGAAGCGCCGCUGCACACCGUUACAGAAGAGGAAGAGCGGCCGGGGUCGGGACGGGACGCAUCACCGCGCGUGGAUGGUGGGGAGGUGCGUGGGGACGGCGAGGAGGCGCGUGAGGGACCCUCGUGGGGCGAGCCGUUCCAGGUGCAGUGGAUUCGGACGGAGCGCUUGCCGUUCUUCCGCACGCGCCACCUGCGCAAUCCGUGGAACCAUGACCGCGAGGUGAAGGUAUCGCGCGACGGGACAGAGCUCGAGCCCACGGUGGGCCAGGCGCUCUUGGAUGAGUGGGACCGCCCCGCGCCGCCGCUGACGCCUGCGACGGAGCGGCGACUGGGGUCGCGCACGCCCGCGCAGGACGGAGCGGGGCUCGUGACGCCGAUGAUGGAGCGGGCGGAGGGGGAGUGA